CUAAAUCUCCAAUAAAUAUUCUCAAAUGAAUAUUUAAUUUAGGCAAAGCCUGAAUUUCUAGCGAUUCUUUAAACUAUGUAAAUGAAAACAAUAAAAUACCCGGAGAGAAAAGAAAAAGAUACUGGCACAUUACAAAUGUACACAAAAUUAAAAGCGCGAUGAAAAAUAAGUGAAACGGAAAAACAAAAGACCGCUGAGUCUCGAGGGAAAAUGACUGUUCUUGAGUACUUUUAAUGAAGGAAAAUGUACUGUUUUUGAAAUAGUGAAUAGUUGGCGGAAUGAGGAUCGAGAGGACAUGCUUCUGGUCGAUGCUGCAGGCGCUGGCUUUGUUGCCUACUAUGGCUUUGAAAGAUGCUCAAACAACUACAAAGAAAUUCCCCGAUGACCCGGAGUUUGAGCGGCCGAUCGGCAACCAAACAUUUUUCCUCGGUCGCGAGGCAGUGCUAGGAUGCGCAGUCACCAACCUGGGCAAGCAUAAAGUGGGCUGGCUCAGAGCAGAAGACCAAACAGUCUUGACCAUGCACGACCGAGCGGUGCUGGGCGCCCGCUACUCCGUCAGCCGAGACUCUCCUCGGACUUGGCAGUUGAGGAUUCGGCCCCUUAGAGCGGAGGACCGCGGUUGCUACAUGUGCCAGAUCAACACGCAGCCCAGUAUGAAGUGGCAGAUCGGGUGUAUAGACGUUUUUGUACCCCCCGACAUCGUGAGUGACGAUACGUCCGGCGAUGUCUCCGUGCAGGAGUUGGAGAACGCUACCCUCACAUGCAAGGCCACUGGCCACCCGCCCCCCAAAAUCACCUGGAGGAGGGAGGAUCACGAACCGAUCCUGCUGAAGAAGACGCUGUCAAGAGAGUUUGUCAAAGUUGAGAGUUACGUGGGCAGCUCACUGCCGUUAUGGCGGGUGGACCGCAAGCAGAUGGGAGCGUUUCUCUGCAUCGCGUCCAACGACGUGCCGCCCGCGGUCAGCAAAAGGAUCAUUUUACUUGUAAAUUUUGCACCAACAGUUAAAGUGCCAAACCAACUGUUAGGGGCGCCACUGGGCACGGACGUCAAACUGAAGUGCUACGUGGAGGCCUACCCCAACACCAUCAACUAUUGGAUUAAGAAUAGGGGAGAGAUGCUGCUGGACGGGCCGAAAUACACGAUAAGAGAGGAGAAAUCGUCAUACAAAGUGUCGAUGUGGCUGACGAUCCGGCAGUUCGCUCGGAGCGACAUCGGAACCUACAACUGCGUCAGCACCAACUCGCUAGGCAAAAGCGAGGGCACGCUCAGGCUUUACGAAAUCAAAUUAAACUCCUACAAUGAAGACUUCAGCAAUCAAAUCAGCGUAGCUGGAGGUCUCACAGAAGCAGCCAAAGGAAACUCAACGAAUAAAUUACUAUUCAAAAGGACUUUGUUAACCAUACUGUUUUGUUACCUCACAAAUGUUUACAUGUUUACGUAGUCGUUAUAUGUGUAAAUAGGUGUUACAUAUCGUUUAGGCAUGGGUGAUAAAGGAUCACUUAAUUAUUGUACAGUCGCGGUGAAAUUACUAGGUACUAUGUUUUACAUUGUGGAUAUUCCAUACCAUCUACAAUCUACAUAUACAUAUUAAACAUAUCAAUAAUAGGUCACUCACGUAUUUUAAGUCGAGUCUGCGCCGGUCCGUCCCCGUCGACGCAAGCUC